ACUCUUAAAUCAUUUUCAGAAAAUGCGAAUAUUGUUGAAUUCAUGUUAUUACAACAACUAGAUUAUAAUUCUUAGAAUCGUGUGAGUGGUUUUCAUCGUCACUGUUAUCUUAACCACGCUCGUCUAAAGUCCAUUGUUCAAAAUCUGGAAUAUUGUUUAACUGUUUUCAUUUUACAUGCGUUAACUUAAGUUUUUAAUUGCAAUAUUGUGCCCUCCUACAGCUAUCGAGUGUAGAUCGAGUUUUUCUAUGUUAUUAUGACUACUCUAUUCAUAAAUUGUAACAACUCUUGGAUAAACAUGGUGAAAUAUUAACAUCCAAAUAUUUAUGUUUUAACCUAAAGUGUGAUAAAAGCUGUGGUCACGUGUUCUUGCAAGUCACUGAAACAAUAGCGGUUCUUGGAGUAGCUAAGACUAAUUCGAAUUACCAUUAUGUGUGCCUUUGAUAAUUAAAAUGGACAAGACAAACAAAGACCAAAAGAAACCAUUAAAGAGCGGUGAGGACGAUAAAGAUGAACAAAGGUCUGAUGCACCUCAGCGCGAUGACGAUACGAGGCACUCGCUGCCGGUUGAGAGAAAUUGUUUGAAUAAAAUAUUGUGUAUAGCACUGUUUGUGCUCGGUUUACUAGUCGGAGGUGUAGCUGUCUACUUUUAUACGACUAAGCUAGCGGACUCGCAUGUUCAUGAGACAAGUUUUACUGAAUGUCUGCAGAGCAAUGGUCUGGACAUGUCAUACAUAAUUUUACAUCCAGCGAAGCCUUGCAAUUCAACCGCCUGCAAGAUGUGUAUGACGAAUGUGAUUGCUGGACACGUACAAAUACCUAAAGGAAGGACGUGCCCAAGGCAUAGGAUAAAUGACACUGUAAGCGCAAUCGACUUCUAUACCACAGAUUGCCUCCUCUGCAACGGAUCAUGCUUGUCCAUCUCGAGGGCCACCCGCCUCAUUGGACAGCAUAUUAAGUGCGAUGACAAUACUAUCGAGAUAAAAUGCUGUGACCUUCAACAAAUGCAAAAGGAAAGUUUUUGUGGCAACCACGGUGAGUAUAUUUGCAUCAACAACACGGUGCCACCGUUUUGCAACUGCUCUCCAGGUUGGACAGGCAAGAACUGUGAUAAGAAACAUCUCGAAAAGAUCAGGUGCAAGUGCUUUGAUAUUGGCAUACCUAUCGCCUACCCCAGUAACACCCCAGCCUGCACUGACCACAGGCGGCCAGCGAACUGGACAGAGUGCAGUCUGACGGAUGGCCAUGAUCCUAGCAAACUUCAUUGUAUAUGCACUACGGCCAAUGCAACCACUUCCAAAUACGUUGAAUACACUGGUGAAAAACUACCAGACUGUGAAAUAGAGCCGUCCUGAUGUAACAGAAGCUUUUAACUGGAACAGGUAGAAGUGACCAACAGUCCCUUGAUGUGUCCACCCGUGGUCUUCGUGCAUCAAGAAAUAACUUGCUAAUCCACAAAAAGAGGCAAAAGUUCAUAAAUUCAAACGUAUUCUGAAACUCACCUUUCAAAAAAUAACCAGGGACAUUUCUAAUCCGUGUGGUUUCUUUUAUGACAGUAGCAUUUUAUACGCCCAUCUUUGUAUUUGUUGUCUGAAAAUGUGUACAUACAAAUUAUUGUGUCAUUAAGUUUAAGCAUGUUAUAUACUUUUGUAAAUGUUGCAUGAUGAAUCUAUCACAUAUAUAUGGUAACAAAAGAUGCAGCUUGUAAAUACAAAUGUCAAUGUUUGUACUUAUUACCUUAACCAAACAUCAGUGAAUUGUACAUUAAUUGAUCUUGGAUGUUGGUGGCGACAUUACACGAGGCUCCAUUAACGUCGCACACAUUAGAAAUAUACGAAAUGUUAAUAUCUAAAAAUGCUAAAACAUGAUUAUAUAGAAGGAUUGUUUAAUAUCAUUGAGUUUUCUUCAACAUAUCUAAAAGUAAGAAUAACAAAAUCAUAAAAGUAUUGUUGUGAACGGCUCAAGUCAUAUAUUUCAUAUACAAAUCUCCAAAGGUAAAAAAGCUUUAAUUCAAUUGAACAGAAUUUGUAAACAAUGUCAAACACCACACGAAUGCUAAGUGAAUGACAUUAACACAAAUUACUAGAUAUUUUUAAUUUUCAUUGAAAGACACUUAACUUUCACAAGUCGGUAUCAUCUAAUUGCGGUAAUUUUAUAUUUACAAAUGUUGUGACAUUGAACUUGUAAAUAGUUACAUAAUUGUGUAUUAUUUUUAUUUUAUACGAUAAUUUAUUGUUUUCAUUUCUGAAGUUGUGACAGCUAUAAAGAUUUCAGCUCAACUUGUUUUCCUCUGUGGUAGCUUUAAACUUUUUUUUAUUUAAUGUCAAUAGUGUAAAUCAUAUUUAAAUAUAAUUGACAAAAAUUCUAUCACUUAACAGUUCCUGUAAUACGAAUAAAUAAAUCAGGAUAAUUACUAUUAACUGUUGAGAUAAAAUAAGCAUGCAUGGCAUUACAACUGUUUUAUAAACCGCAAUUCAGUGAUUGAUAAAAAAAACUACAUCAUUAUGUAUUCAUACAGUUGUAAUUACCAGGUUACAUUCAUUGGUUAGACCCAGGUUACAUACAAUGUUAGCCCCUGAUUACAAACAAUGUUAGCCCCAGGUUAAAUACAAUGUUAGCCCCAGAUUACAUACAAUGGUUAGUCCCAGGUUACAUGCAAUGUUAGUCCAAGGUUACAUACAAUGUAAGUCCAAGGUUACAUACAAUGUUAGCACCAGAAUACAAACAAUGUUAGCCCCAUGUUACAUACAAUGUAAGCCCCUGGUUACAUACAAUGUUAGCCCCAGGUUACAUACAAUCUUAGCCCCAGGUUAGAUACAAUGUUAGCCCCUGGUUACAAACAUUGGUUAGCCCCUGGUUACAAACAUUGGUUAGCCCCAGGUUACAUACAAUGUUAGCCCCAAGUUACAUAAAAUAUUAGCCCCAGGUAACAUACAAUGUUAGCCCCAGGUUACAUACAAUGUUAGCCCUAGGUUACAUACAAUGUUAGCCCCAGGUUACAUAUAAUCUUAGCCCCAGGUUACAUACAAUCUCAGCCCCUUGUUAAAAACAUUGGUAAGCCCCAGGUUACAUACAAUGUUAGCCCAAUGUUACAUACAAUGUUAGUCCCAGGUUACACACAAUGUUAGUCCCAGGUUACAUACAAUUGUUUGUCCCAGGUGACAUACAUUGGUAAAACCAAGGUAUCAUACAUUGCUUAGUUCCAGGUUACAUACAAAGCUAAGUCCAAGGUAACAUACAUUGGUUAGUCCCAGAUGACAUACACUGGUUUGUCCCAGGUUACAUACAAUGUAAGUCCAGGGUUUCAUACACUGGUUUGUCCCUUGUAACAUACACUGGUUAGUCCCAGGUUUCAUUCAAUGGUAAGUUCAAGGUUACAUACACAUAAAAGUCCCAGGUUACAUACAAUGGUUAGCCCCUGGUUACAUACAAUGGUUAGCCCCAGGUUACAUACAAUCUUAGCCCCUGGUAACAUACAAUGGUUAGCCCCUGGUUACAUACAAUGGUUAGCCCCAUGUUACAUACAAUGGUUAGUUCCGGGUACCAUACAAUGGUUAGUCCCAGGUUACAUACAAUGGUUAGUCCCAGGUAACAAACAAUGGUUAGUCCCGGGUUACAAACAAUGUUUAGUCCCGGGUUACAUACAAUGGUUAGUCCCGGGUUACAUACAAUGGUUAGUCCCGGGUUACAAACAAUGGUUAGUCCCGGGUAACAUACAAUGGUUAGCCACAGGUUACAUACAAUGGUUAGUCCCAGGUUACAUACAAUGGUUAGUCCCGGGUUACAAACAAUGGUUAGUCCCGGGUUACAUACAAUGGUUAGUCCCAGGUUACAUACAAUGGUUAGCCCCAGGUAACAUACAAUGGUUAGUCCCAGGUUACAUACAAUGGUUAGCCCCAGGUGACAUACAAUGGUUAGUCCCAGGUUACAUACAAUGGUUAGUCCCAGGUUACAUACAAUGGUUAGUCCCGGGUUACAAACAAUGGUUAGUCCCAGAUUACAUACAAUGGUUAGUCCCGGGUUACAUACAAUGGUUAGUCCCAGGUUAGAUACAAUGGUUUGUCCCAGAUUACAUACAAUGGUUAGCCCAGGUUACAUACAAUGGUUAGCCCCAGGUAACAUACAAUGGUUAGUCCCAGGUUACAUACAGUGGUUAGUCCCUGGUUACAUACAAUGGUUAGUCCCGGGUUACAUAUAAUGGUUAGUCCCGGGUUACAUACAAUGGUUAGUCCCGGGUUACAAACAAUGGUUAGUCCCGGGUUACAUACAAUGGUUAGCCCCAGGUUACAUACAAUGGUUAGUCCCGGGUUACAUACAAUGGUUAGCCCCAGGUUACAUACAAUGGUUAGCCCCGGGUUACAUACAAUGGUUAGUCCCGGGUUACAUACAAUGGUUAGUCCCAGAUUACAUACAAUGGUUAGCCCCAGGAUACAUACAAUGGUUAGUCCCGGGUUUCAUACAAUGGUUAGUCCCAGAUUACAUACAAUGGUUAGUCCCAGAUUACAUACAAUGGUUAGUCCCAGGUUACAUACAAUGGUUAGUCCCGGGUUACAUACAAUAGUUAGUCCCAUAUUACAUACAAUGGUUAGUCCCAGAUUACAUACAAUGGUUAGCCCCAGGUUACAUUACAUACAAUGGUUAGCCCCAGGUAACAUACAAUGGUUAGUCCCGGGUUACAUACAAUGGUUAGUCCCGGGUUACAAACAAUGGUUAGUCCCAGAUUACAUACAAUGGUUAGUCCCGGGUUACAUACAAUGGUUAGUCCCGGGUUACAUACAAUGGUUAGUCCCAGAUAACAUACAAUGGUUAGUCCCAGGUUACAUACAAUGGUUAGUCCCAGAUUACACACAAUGGUUAGCCCAGGAGGUGAAUAUGUUCCAGUCUUACACUGAUACAAACUUUUUUAUUUUAGUUAAAGAUAUGCUUAAAAGCGGUAUUAAAGACGUUUAACUGUAUUUCAUUAGAGAACGCGUCAAAAUGUAUUUGCACGUUACAAUAACGUCAUCGUUGAUAUUGUGUCCAAUUUCAGUGCUUGCUGAUUUGUUAAAUUUGGAGAGCCUAGCGUACUUUAAAUUUUCAAAACAGUGAAUGAUAUCGAAUUGAUAGUAUCCUUGUCUGAAACGUGAAAUAUUUCUGUCAUUAUUCUGAAAAAUCUCUAUAAACCACGGGAAAGCAUAUAAUAAAUUAUGUUAUUGGAGAGGUUAGUUUUUUCUCUAUACAAGCUUCUGAGGGAUCAUUAGAUGGGACCACUUAUGCAGGCUGUUUGUUUUGAAAAAAAAAUCAAAAAAUGAUUUGUUCCGUUAUCUCUUCGAUUAGCUUAAGCAGUAUUGUUAUUUUAUUCAAAUUACAUUUAUGUUGUAGUGAAUUUUUUUGAAUUGUUUGAGGGCUAUUUAUUUUUAUUUGGUUUGACCGUAUGAGUGUCAUUUUGUUUAAACGUUACUUUAAGCUAAUAAAUUACCGAAACUGUA